UUUGUCUUAAAAAGAAAGCUCGGUUCUUGUAUAUACUACUUACUAGACACCAAAAAUACCGGCCAUGACUUCAGUUUCUAAGAUGUAUGUAAACAAGAGCUUCCCUUCGUCCUUUCCUUGGUCUGUGAAAGAUCAAACCGUGCUCCAAAUAUGUAGUUUUCCAGUAACAUCUGUGUCAAGUGAACAAAAUUUGGUCAAGAAUGAAUGUUUGGUAUUUGCACAAAUGCCUAAAAGAAUUAGCGUGUCAACACACUAUCAUGAAACUGGAAUGGGAGAAAAAGGUGAUUUACAAAGAAAUGUGUUAGACAGUAGUCAUUUGAUUAGUGUUUUAAAAUUUUGUGUUGCUGAAGGAUGUUUUGAACUUGGAAGAAGUUACCAUGCUUUGAUUGCAAAGAUUGGACUUGAUGAGGAUGAGUUUGUGGGUACUAGCCUUAUUGAUAUGUAUGCUAAAUGUGGAGAUAUGGAUAGUGCGGUUGUGCUAUUUAAUCAGAUGCCUCGCUUAGAUGUUGCUUCAUGUAAUUGUUUGAUUUCUGGUUACGCUAGUUGUGGAUUGUUUGAUGAAGCUUUUAGUUUCUUCAUGAAGUUUGAUAGCUUCGGUAACAAGCCUAAUCCUUAUACAUACUCGACCAUGCUAUCAAUUUGUGGAACCCUUUCAGUUAUUGAAGAAGGAAAACAGCUUCAUGCCCAAGUUGUGAAGAUGCAACAUUUAUCAGAAACAGCUGUGAGUAAUGUGCUUUUGACAAUGUAUAGCAAGUGUGGGGCAAUGGAGGAAGCUGAAUCACUGUUUAACCGUCUUCCACAAAGGAACCUCAUUUCAUGGACUGCAAUUAUUAAUGGAUUAUAUAAGCAUGAGGAUUUUGAGAAAGCUAUGAUGCUGUUCUGCUUGAUGAGAGAGAAUGGGAUUGAACCAAAUGAGUACACAUUUACAAUUGCUCUUGCAUCUUGUAGAAGUGUGAAGAAUCUUGAUAAUGGUCGUUUGCUUCAUGCUUUAGUUAUUAAAAGGGGGAUGGCUUUGGGUGAAUUUGUUGGGACUGCAAUUAUAGAUAUGUACUCUGAGCUUGGACAAAUGGAUGAUGCAGAAAAGCAUUUCAAGGGAAUGGGAACUUUGGCCUCUAAAGUAUCAUGGAAUGCCCUAACCAAGGGUUUAGUUCACAAUGAGAAAGCCCAUGACGCUUUGGAUGCUUUUAGUGAAAUGGUAAGAAAAGAUACUGCAUGUGAUGAGUUUACCUUUUCCAUCAUUCUGAAAGCUUGUGCUUCCUUACCAUCAUUCACAAGUUGCCAGCAGAUACAUGCUCGGGUAGUGAAAGCUAACUUUGACACAAACAUGCAUGUGGGAAGCUCAUUGAUAGAAGCUUAUACUAAAUGUGGGAGCGUAGAAGAUGCAGAGCGGGUUUUCAGUCAGAUUUCAGUACCAGAUGUCAUAUCAUGGAACUCAGUCAUCAAAGCGUAUUCGCAGAACAGCAAUCCAAGAAGGGCUAUAUCACUGUUUAGGGGGAUGAUUGACAAAGGAUUUAGACCAACAGGUUCCACUUUCCUCGCUGUUCUUUCUGCAUAUAGCCACUCUGGCAAAAUCCAAGAUGGCCAAGAAAUAUUUCAAUCAAUGGUAAGAGAAUUUGGUAUCUUACCAGAAGAAGCACAUUAUAGUUGCAUGGUGGACUUACUAGGAAGAUCUGGACAACUGGAAAAGGCACUUGAUUUCAUAAACAACUUGCCCAUCAAACCUACAGCUUCAAUAUGGACACCUCUACUUGCAGCUUGCCGGUGCCACAACAAUCUCCAAAUGGCAGAAUUUGUUGCAAAGCACAUACUAGCUUUGGACCAGAAUGCUGCAACAGUUUAUGUUACCCUCUCAAAUAUGUAUGCCGAAGCAAGGCAAUUGGUCGAUGCAGAAAACCAGAGAAAGCUGAUGAAACUAAAGGAGGUUACAAAGGAACCAGGAUGUAGUUGGAUAGAAGUAAAAAACAAGAUACACAAAUUCUUUUCUCUCGAUAGAACACACCCCGAAUCUGCAAAAAUAUACAAUAAGUUGAACCAAGUAAUGAUACAAAUAAAAGACAAUGCAUCCACAAAUGCAAAUCCCUUGUAUCCAGAGGAAGAUUCUUGCCUAUACCACAGUGAGAAACUUGCAGUUUGCUUCGGCCUAAUAAGCUUGCCAGCGGGAAAGCCGGUCAGAGUUUUCAAGAACCUCAGAGUUUGCACUGAUUGUCAUAUGUUUAUGAAGUUUGCAUCGAUGAUUACAGAACGAGUUAUAGUGUUAAGUGAUAAUUAUAGGUUUCAUCACUUCAACAAAGGUUGCUGCUCCUGUCGAGAUUAUUGGUAAUGUAAUGCU